UUCUACGGAAAGUUUUCCUUCGUUCUCUUCACCGUAUCUAUUUUCCUGCUGUUUCAUCAGAAUAUGGCACUAGGUCUUCAACAGGUAGGUUUGUCUUUUAUAAACAUCAGUCAUAAGCCUAAAAUCCGAGAAGUUGACUAUCGUCUGCAAAUUUACGACCAUUUCGUCUGCAAAAUCAAAAUUGGGAUCAUCGCUUUUAUUGUAUCAUUAGGUUUUUUUUUUCAUCUAAGGUACCUGAUAACUACAAAGCAGUUUGGACUAAAAGACGACUUCUUAGAAGCGUAGUUGACGUUUUGGUAAGUCAAUGGCCUUAAUUUUACAAUUAUUACUUUCUAUCGCUUGGAUCGUUCUUUGUCCAACUUAAGUAAUUUAACGUCCUCUUUUGAGGAUUAUGUACACUAGGUGAAGUUAUUUUUAAGUUGUUUUCUCCUUCACUUUCUCUGAUGAGAUGUAAUUUUCGAAACCGAUGCGACUUUUUAUUGGUAAUAUCUAUAUGAGCUCUUGGGUAUGCAUGUAACUCCUAUAACUCAUAGUUAUUAGUUGUUGUGCGAAAAAAACUGUAUAAUUAAAAACAUUAAAGUUAUAUUUCUUAUUUAGUCUUCCGAGGGCAUCAAUUCUCAAGCAAUUCUCACCCAUUUUUAAAAGUAUUCAAUUGCUUUUCCCUUCAUAGCUUCCUCCAGGGGGCUGGCAUGGGCCCGCGAGCUACGACAGUGCGUUGUCCAAACGGGAACACUCAGUUGAGGUAUUAGUCAAACCCUUUCACAAUUCACUUUAUUAUCAUUUAUCGUCAUCAAAAUCGCCAAGAUCCUAUCAUCGUCAAUAUCACUACUGUUUUAUUCCUUAAAAAAUCCAUUUUCGAAUCACUGGUGAACUUUGAAAUCUGAUUGGCUCUCAUGGGUGUGACUUAUUUACGAAUCGCACCAAUUUUUGCCCUAAAUCCUAUCUUUUCCGAGCCAAUAAAAAGGCAACACAAAACCGAACGAAACAACCCAUGAGACUUCAUGGCCUCUCAAAAGUAACUAAUGAAAUUGCAAGAAAAAGAAAGACAAAGAAGUUAUGGUGUGAGGAAUUUGAAACGUUUGUUCCAAAAAACUUUGGUUUUUCAAUUUUCUUAAAUAAGCUUUUUCGGUUCUGUUAUGUUGAAAAUCAUUAGUAUGAUUCCAGACCAAAAUACCCUCCAGUCAUUAAAAUUACUAUUGCUUCAGCUAUUUUUUUUAGUGUGGAAGUUAGGACCACCCGCGUUUGGGGAGAGUUUUCACUCUGAGAGAUGCUUUUUAUGCUAAUCGUUAGUUGCUUUAUGAUCAGUCAGUUCCUUGUUGAAAUCAUACUUAAGUAUUACAUUGUAUCAGUGAACAAAGUACAGCUGCUCCUGAAAUAAACAAUAAAGGGGACCCCGCUUUUAAAACUCAAUGAAGGUUCCUGUAUGAAAACCACCAAUUGGUAAAGUUUAACAAAACUCUCAAUACAUGUUUUAUUUAAAAGGAAUGACCUUCAUCACUGGAUCGAAUGUCACUGGAUUGUUUAUUUUGAUUAACUUUAUAUCUCCAUUCAUCAGGCUUUAGAGAGAGAGAGAACUGUUUUGACAUAGAUGAUUAAGCAAAAGGUGAAGAAAUGCCACCAUGCAAGUUGCUCACAAGUAGUAUCUCCCAGAGAGAAUGAACCAACUGAAAGAUUAAUAAAAAAUAUAUAUAACUUCUUUUACUCUUUUGUUAUCUCUGACUUGGAAAUUAAUAAACCAGUCCGGGGGACUUCCUCAUCCAUUGCCUCUUUCAAAAAGUAAAAAUUGUUAUUUUUUCAACACUUCCAGAAAAAAUGAUGAUAUGAAAAUUUAAUGAUAAAAGUAUACUUUAAGCUCAAAAGAACACAAUCGGUUAUCGUUUCAAAACACGCAGGAUUUGUUCUCUUCAAGGCGCCAUGAAAUUCAUAUCAGAGUAAAAACUGCUUUUUAAAGAUUCUCAAAACAACUAUUUUCUGUUUUGUUUCAUUGUUUCAAUUUUUCAACGUUGGGGUCUGAGUGGUAUCUGAUAAAUUGGCGCCAUAAUCUCAAUUUGAUCCCUCCUCCUCCCCCCAACAAAAAAAAAGGUCACUUCACGUCAAAAUACAAAUUGAUCAAAACAUAAUUCACGGCGCAGCUUCACUUAGGUUAUUUUUUCUUUCCUUUUUAAUUUUUCCCAUUUGGAAAUGUGUCAUAACAAACCGCCUUUUUGUCAGACUUCCUCCUCUAAUGUAAGCUCAGUGACUUAGCUAUUUAUCAGUUUAUCACGUAUUUACGAUAACGCAAUUUCAACUCUGACAAAGUUAUAAUUCAGAGGCAUCAUGUUUAGCGGAAAAUUUUAUUUCUUUCUCUUAGCAUUAUCUAUUUUCUUGCUGUUUCAUCAGACAACGCCACGAAGGCUAAAACAGGUAAGCUCUAUUUUUCAUGAUCAGCUACAUAGCCCUGGCAAAGUAUUGUAGUAAUAUUACUGACUGCUUGAUGGAAAGAACUUCCUUAUCUUCACUUUCGUUUAGAGCGCAAAUAAAUACGCAUCACAUAACUUGAUCAUCAUCAUGUUAAGCUUCUAGCGGCAGCAUCAUCAUCAUCCUCUUUCACUGCAGGUACCAGAAGGUUUUACAGCAACCAAGAACAAGAGAGGAAUCUUUAAAAAGAUAUCUGGCCUAAUGUUACGUGAUCAGCUUCAAUUCCGCCUUGAUUACUUGAUGAUAGCUUUGCAGGCAUCACUCUUAUUGGAAUAG